UCGAACAAAUUUCAGACGUCGACCAAUCAACAACUGCCGUAUAUUUGUUUACAAAUUUCUGGGCUUUAGAUCUACUUUAAUAAUGCGGUUAGAUGUGAGUGUUGUGCUGGCCUUGGCCGCGUGCUCUGUUCUCUGUGCUGGGGAAGAGGAGAAGAAGAAGGAGAAAGUAAAAAAAUUACAGAUUGGAGUGAAAAAGCGUGUAGAUAACUGCACCCUGAAGAGUCGAAGGGGCGACCUGUUACACAUGCACUACACCGGUAAGCUAGAAGAUGGGACAGAAUUUGACAGCAGCUACCCUAGGGGCCAGCCUUUGACAUUUACUUUAGGCUCUGGACAAGUGAUAAAAGGAUGGGAUCAAGGUUUAAUUGGAAUGUGUGAAGGAGAGAAGAGGAAGUUGGUUAUCCCUUCUGAUCUGGGUUACGGGGCAUCUGGGGCACCUCCAAAGAUUCCGGCUCAUGCAACGCUCGUGUUCGAGGUGGAACUCGUCAAAAUUGAGAGGAAGGAGGAACUUUGAGAAAUGUAUUUGCUGGCUAAUUGUAUAUCUUGUUGAAUAAUUUUUUUUAUAAUGUAUUAAAAUAAUCUGUAAUUGAUAACCACUGUCUGUGUUCUAUAAAGCUGAUAAACAGAAGAUUGGCUCCUUAAAUCUAUCAUCAACAUCAUUUGCAAAUUACUUUUUACAAAAUCAUCUAUGUACACUCAUCUAUAAUUGUGUAUUGAUAUAAUUAGGUUUACAUAUCCAUCACAUGUUACAGGUUAACUACUGCUAAAUAAUGAACAAUUUUCAACAAACUUUUUAUAUGCAUUUGAUGAAGACUUUAAUGAAACUGUGGCUUCUGUCUGCUUCACAAAUACUAUAUUUCCUCAGCAACCAUUGUCAUUGACGAAAUAAAACUUAAGGAAUA